UCAAAAACCCUUUCAUUUUCAAUUUUGGUAUCGCUUCCUCUUCCUGGUCGCCUUGAAAUUAUCAGUGAGGGAACGAUGAAGGUGAAAUCAUCUGUGAAGAAGAGGUGUGAAUCUUGUCAGACAGUGAAACGCCGUGGAAUUAUAUAUGUCAUAUGUUCAUCCAAUCCUAAGCACAAGCAAAGGCAGGGGUACUGCUCCAUCUCUCAUGAAGGAACAAUACCAACUCCCUUGUUUUCUGAGUCUUUUUCUAAUCAGGAAGUGGUGAAGCUGCCUAGCCUGACAGUAUCUGCCAGUCUGGCGCCUCUUUUACACAAGAGGCCUGAGCCAACAACGAUUUCCGGGUGGAGGGCAGGUUUUGCAUCCGUUCUGUUUAAACAAGGGACUUUAUUGUGGACAAUUUUGCCCUUAAUGGAAAUGACACUUGUGGAUGGGUGAUUUGUGGACGAGUGAUGCGUGGUUGAGUGAUUUGUGGACGGGUGAUGUGUGGAUGAAUGAUGAAUAAUGUGUAGAUAUGUAAUGUUAAUGUGUUUAUAGUAGAUAACGUGGGCAAACUCUCUGUUUUGAUUCCAUAAAACUAUACAAUAAUACGUGGACAUGGACUCAUGUUACUAAAA